AAGAUAACGUUGAACCCUGGUUAAUUUAAGAAGAUAAAAAAUUCUUUAGGGGUCAUUUGACGGUAAGGCGAUUAGCCUAACACUCCCAGCGCCAUGGAUGACACCAGUUUGAAUGACUCGAAUGUGAAGGUCGCUGUUCGAGUCCGACCAAUGAACAGGAGAGAGAAGGACUUGAAGACAAAAUGUGUGGUGGAAAUGGAGGGGAAUCAAACAAUACUGCAUCCUGCCAGUGCCAACCUGGGAAAGGGGGAUAGCAGGAACCAAUCAAAGGUCUUUGCAUAUGAUUACUGCUUCUGGUCAAUGGAUGAAGCAGAGACAGCCAAGUUUGCAGGUCAAGAUGUGGUAUUUCAGUGCCUUGGGGAGAGUUUGUUGGACAAUGCCUUUCAGGGCUACAAUGCUUGUAUCUUUGCCUAUGGACAGACAGGCUCAGGGAAAUCCUACACCAUGAUGGGCUCUGCAGAUCAGCCAGGCCUGAUUCCUCGCCUCUGUAGCUCUUUGUUUGAGCGUGCAGAUAAAGAGCAGAGAGAGGGAGAGAGUUUCGCUGUGGAGGUGUCCUACAUGGAAAUCUACAAUGAGAAAGUCCGAGAUCUGUUGGAUCCCAAAGGGAGCAGGCAGGCUUUGAGGGUGAGAGAGCACAAGGUUUUGGGGCCUUACGUGGAUGGCUUGUCCCGUCUCGCCGUAACCAGCUACAAGGACAUCGAGUCUCUGAUGUCAGAGGGGAAUAAGUCACGCACUGUGGCCGCCACCAACAUGAACGAAGAAAGCAGUCGCUCGCACGCCGUCUUCAACAUCAUCCUCACGCACACUCUGACCGACCUGCAGUCUGGGACGAGCGGGGAGAAGGUCAGUAAACUGAGUCUGGUGGAUCUGGCCGGCAGUGAGAGAGCUGCCAAAACUGGGGCUGCUGGAGAGAGACUUAAAGAAGGCAGUAAUAUCAACAAGUCUCUCACUACCUUGGGGCUGGUGAUCUCAGCGUUGGCAGAUCAGAGUGCUGGAAAAAAUAAGAGCAAGUUUGUGCCUUACAGAGACUCUGUGCUCACAUGGUUACUAAAGGACAGCCUGGGCGGGAACAGCCGUACAGCCAUGGUUGCCACGGUGAGCCCAGCGGCCGAUAACUACGACGAAACGCUGUCGACGUUGCGCUACGCUGACCGUGCCAAGAACAUCGUGAACCACGCCGUGAUCAACGAAGACCCCAACGCCAGAAUCAUCAGAGAGCUGAGGGAAGAGGUCGAGAAACUCAAAGAACAGCUCACUAAAGCCGAGUCUAUGAAGGCUCCAGAGUUAAAGGACCGGCUGGAGGAGUCGGAGAAGCUCAUUCAGGAGAUGACCGUCACCUGGGAAGAGAAACUCAGGAAGACUGAGGAGAUUGCUCAGGAGAGGCAGAAGCAGCUGGAGAGUCUGGGUAUCUCCCUACAGUCCUCAGGCAUCCGGGUCAUGGAGGACAAAUGUUUCCUGGUCAACCUUAAUGCAGAUCCCGCCUUAAACGAACUGCUGGUGUACUAUUUAAAGGAUCACACACUGGUGGGUUCGGACAACUCUCAGGACAUCCAGUUGUGUGGGAUGGCCAUACAGGCAGAGCAUUGUGUCAUAGACAUAACCCCAGACAUGGGCGUGACUCUGACACCUCGCAGGAACGCCCGUACUUUUGUGAAUGGCAAUCCAAUCACGGCUCCAGUUCAGCUUCACCAUGGCGACCGCAUCCUGUGGGGGAACAACCACUUCUUCAGGAUAAACAUGCCUAAAGAGUUAUCCCGCAGUGGUGGUGAGGAAGAGGAAGGUGGAACGAUGAAGACGAGCCUAAGCACAGAGCAGCUGGUGGUGGACAUGGACAGAGUCAGUCAGUAUUCCAGUGACAGCAGCUUCAAUUUUGAGUACGCCCUUACCGAAGUCAUGAUGAAAGCUCUGGAUAACAACGACCCCAUGCAGUGCGUGCUGCAGAGUUUGGAGCAGAAGCACGAGGAAGAGAAGCGUUCGGCUCUGGAACGCCAGCGGCAGAUGUACGAGGAAGAGCUGCAGCAGCUGCGCAGACAGCUCACCCCAGAGAGGUCGUCUGUUCCCCAACACCACCGCAGUACUGAACGCCUCAGCCUCGGUCCCGCCGCCACCUCCUCCCCCAACACACACAGCCGCCUACGCCAGUACAAUGAGGAGAGGGAGGCUGUGAUGACCCGUAGCCUACGGAAGCUCAGAGAGCAGAUCGUGCGGGCUAACCUUCUGGCUCAGGAGGCAGGCUUUAUCGCCGAAGAACUCAACAAAAAAACUGAAUAUAGAGUCACACUACAGAUCCCUGCAGCCAACCUCAACGCCAACAGAAAGAGGGAUGCGGUGCUGAGUGAACCGGCAGUACAGGUGAGGAGGAAGGGAAAAGGAAAGCAGAUCUGGGCCAUGGAAAAGAUGGAGAACCGAAUUGUCGACAUGAGGGAACUUUACCAGGAGUGGAAAGACUUUGAUGAAGACAACCCGGUGAUGCGUUCCUAUUUCAAGCGGGCUGACCCAUUCUUCGAUGAGCAAGAGAACCACAGUCUAAUUGGGGUGGCAAACGUUUUUCUCGCCUGCCUGUUCUACGAUGUCAAGUUACAAUAUGCAGUACCCAUUAUCAACCAGAAGGGGGAGGUGGCUGGUCGUUUACAUGUGGAGGUGGAGCGCGUGAGUGGAAAAUUAGAGGAUAAGGAAGCAGGAGGAGAGGAAUCGGAAGUCAGCUCGGAGGUGGAGAACCAAGAGCGGAAGCUGGUUUGUAUGGUUAAGGUCUUGCAGGCCACAGGGCUACCCCAGCACCUCUCGAAUUUCGUGUUCUGCCAGUACCACUUCUGGGGCCAAGAAGACCCCAUUUUUAUUGCUCCUGAGGUGGACCCUUCCGCCCCAGCGACUCCCAGCAGCAAAGAUCCUCAGUGCCUGGUGGUAUUUGACCACAGCAAGGAGCUGGAAGUGACUGUAUCUGAGGACUUCAUUGAGUUUCUGGCUGAGGGAGCAGUGGCUAUAGAGGUGUACGGCCACAAACUGGCAAACCCUCGUAGAAACCUAGCCCUGUGGGACCUCGGAGUCAUCCAGGCCAAAACUCGCUCCCUUAGAGAAAGAUGGAGUGAGGUGACACGUAAACUGGAGCUGUGGGUUCAGGUUCUGGAGCUGAAUGAGGGAGGAGAGUUUGUCCCUGUGGAAGUGGUGCAAGCCAAAGAUGUUCGCACAGGGGGCAUCUUUCAGCUCAGACAGGGUCAGUCAAGACGUAUUCAGAUCGAAAUCCGUUCUGUCCAAGACUCUGGCACCAUGCCCCUCAUCACUGAGUCCAUCCACAGCGUCUCCGUAGGCAACGUGGUGGUUCGCCAGGUUCGACCUGCCGGAGAUGAGGAAAUGGAUAGCUAUCAGGAGCGGGAUCUGGAAAGGCUUCGGGCUCAGUGGUUGGCUGCCCUCACUAAACGACAGGAAUAUUUGGACCAGCACCUUCAGAAACUGGUCGGCAAGCCGGAUAAGUCGGAGGAUGACGUGGAGCGCGAGGCUCAGCUGCUGGAGUUGCGUCUGACUCUGACGGAGGAGAGGAACGCCGUCCUGGUGCCGUCUGCCGGCAGCGGCAUUCCUGGAGCCCCCGCGGAGUGGGUUCCCCUCCCAGGAAUGGAGACUCACAUUCCCGUCAUCUUCCUGGACCUCAGCGCGGACGACUUCCAUGAUCACCUGACUGCUCAGCGGGCUGGAGGUUUGGAGGGAGCUCUGAACAGGGAGGAUGAGGAGGAUUUCUUUGAGCUUCAGAUAGUGAAGCACCAUGAUACGGAGGUGAAGGCGGAGGCCUCGUGGGACUCUACAGUACACGAGUGCCCAGAGCUGAACCGCGGGGCGGGGCCAGACCAGAGGGUGUACCUCACAGUUCGGACCGUGGUCCUCCUCAGCCACCCCGCUGAGAUGCAGCUGGUGCUGCGCAAGCGAAUCUGCGUCAACCUCACCGGACGACAGGGCUUUGCACAAAGCCUCCUGAAAAGGAUGUCUCACCGCAGCACCAUCCCGGGAUGUGGGGUCACCUUUGAAGUUGUCUCCAAUGUCCCAGGGGACAUCCAGGGACCAGAAGACAGAGAGAUGCUUGCCAGACUGGCAGCCAGUGCUGACAACCCAGGAGCCGACAGUGAGGCAGCUAUCGAGAAAUACCUACGCAGUGUACUGGCCGUCGAGAAUAUCCUCACACUGGACCGACUCAGACAGGAGGUUGCAGUGAGGGAACAUUUGGCUGAUAAAGGGAAACGACAGAGACGGUGCCUUAGUUCACCUAAUGUCCACAGGCUUUCUGGGAGCAGACAAGAUCUCUCACUGAAUCACAGUCCAGACAGCAACAAAGGCACCUGCGAGAGCCACCAGGACAUGUCUGUGAUAUCGCCCCAGUUAAAAAGUCCCUCAGCCCACUCUGCACUGUCUCAGACACAAAGCCAUGAGCCAGGUCUUUCAGGGCUGGCUGCCUCUUAUUUUUCCCCAGUUAAGGCUCUGGUGUCCCCAAUGCCAAAGAUGCUCAAGUCCCUUUUCCCCAAACGGGAUGAGAAGAAAGAUCAGAACCCUGCUCCUCUCCCACAGCAGGUGUUGUCCACAGAGGUGGCACUGAUGGAUCCUGUUGAGGACAGGAUAGUUGUGUUUGACCUCUUUGACAGAGGUUCAAAUGUACCUCGCAUUGUAGUGCAGUCUGCAAGCCUCGAAGAAAACCCAGACUCUUCUAAACCAGUCCCUACAGUGGAAAUCCCAGUUAUAGAGAACCAGUCGGAAAAUCCUGAGGUUGCUGAUGGCUCUUCCUCCAACCCAGACGCUGAGGAUAACACCACAAGCCCAGUCAGUGAGGUGUCAAGUGGCUACAUAUCUACAAGCGUCUCCACAACGACUCUAUCUGAGACACUGGUCACAGAAGGAGAGCUCACACCCAGAACCGAUGUGAACCCUGAACCAGAGAUUGAGACAGAAACAAUCAGUGAGAAGGCUGAAGAGAAAAACUACAAGGAAACCAGUACAGAAGCUAUAGACACAACAGCUCCUACCAGUAUUUCAGCAGAGGGUAAACCAUUCCCCCAGGCCACUACAGACACAGACCAGGUGGUUAAUGAGAGCAGCAGUCAAGGGUCUCCAACCAAAGAAAGCACUAGCAGCCCAGACUCUGUCUUGACUGUUGAAACUACUUCUGUAUCUAAUCCAAUCCCUUCUGAUGAAGAAAGACCUCAUACUAAGGAUCUUCAAGCAUCUCCUCAUCAAGAAAGCCCCACACUACCUCCUGAUGUAGACACCAACACACUGCCAGACACAUUAACUCCACAAAAUGCCCCAAGCCCUCCUCCAGAAUCAACUGCAACAGCAGAACCAUCAAAUUCAUCAGAAGCACGUCAACAAGAUGACUCAGUUAUCCCUGCCCAAACCUCAAAACCUGAUCAGUGUUCGCAGCCCACCGCACCAAACACUUCCAGUUCUGCAAGCAAUCCUUUCAAAAUACAAAAAAUAAAGACCUCAGACCUCAGGUCCUUUAAAGGCAUCCUCAAAGAAGAAGAGGAGGGAGACAACAAGGAAGAAGUUGACCCUCUUUCAGGGCUAAGUGAUCCUCUAGAGAGAUUGGAGAUCCUUUCAGACACAGAAGAAGGUGCUGAUGUUCCUCUUCCCGACUGGUUGAAAGUGGACGAGUACGUGACAGUGGGAAACAACAAACACGGGACUGUCCGUUAUGUUGGACCAACCGACUUUGCAGAGGGCGUCUGGGUUGGCGUGGAGCUUGAUGUCCCUGCAGGCAAAAACGAUGGUUCAGUCGGUGGCCGUCACUACUUCCACUGUAACCCUGGUUACGGAGUACUUGUCAGACCCGACAGAGUUACCCGUGCCUCGGGCACAGCCAAACAGCGUCGGCAGAAGCGUCGGCAGAACCUCUCAGGGUCAAGCCCUAACCUUGCGGCCCUCACUGCCAUGGCAAAAGGAGAAGGUGGUAGCAAUGCCCGCAAAAAAGACAACCGCAAGUCUUGGAACAGCUGA